AUGUCGAGAGUUUCUUUAUCAAAUAAAGAAAAAAUUUUGGUCAAAGAUAAUCUUGUUAUGAAUGAAAUCGAUAAAAAUAUUAGUUUUCAACAUCGUUGGUGGCAUAUAUUACUUAUUAUAUUUGCUGUAGCUGCUUUUAUUCUCACUUGUGUUUUCAAUGGUUUAGCAAGCACUGGUCCUAAUAGCAUAUUUACUCAACGGACAGGAAGUAUAAGUGAUCAAAAUCUAACUGAAUUUACGCCCGCUGGUUGGACAUUUAGUAUAUGGGGUGUAAUUUAUUUUUGGCAAGCAGCAUGGUUAAUCUAUGCAUUAAGUCGAAUAUUUCGAAAAUCAAAUGAUGGUUAUUUAUAUAUUGUGCCAAAUACACUUCAUUUUAGUAUAUUUAUAUAUUAUAUAAUAAAUAUGGGUUUAAAUAUAGGAUGGCUUAUUCUUUGGGAUCGACAACAUUUUGGUUGGGCAUUAUUAGUCAUUUUUUUAAUGUUUGUUACAAUUAUUCUUCCAAUGAUUGUUACACAUAUACUUCUGCAACGUAAUCGAUUACAAUAUAUUAAUUCAAAUUGCAAAGCAGAUAUAUGGCUUGUACGUGUAUUUGUUCAUAAUGGUUUUGCUAUUUAUGGAACAUGGUUAUAUCUUGCAACAUUACUUAAUUUGACUAUUUGGAUAUCACAAAUAUAUAAUAGAAGUCCACAAUCAAUAACUGACGCAUCAACAGCUGCACUUAGUCUUGUCCUUAUUGGUAUUGUUAUUUAUUUUAUUAGUGAAAAUAUUUUAUUUUAUUCAUCAAUGGCAUAUACAUAUUUACCUUGGUUUGUUCUUAUAUUUGGAUUAUCUGGUGUUGUAUCAAAAAAUUAUAAUCGAAAAGAUAUUCCAAAUAAAAAUAAAUUAUUUGCACUUGCAUUACUUAUUAUUUGUUGUGUAUUAUUUAUUUUUCGUGUUAUAAUAUUUAUUAUACGUUAUGUUACAAAAAAAAUUCCAACUAUUCAUCAUCCUUAA